GGCUGUUGACCAGGCGAGGAACUGCAGGGGUCAAGUUGGCCUUGCUCCGUUUCAAAGUGCAACUUAGGACCAAAUCUGCACGCGGCCAUGUUGUCCAUCCCAGACCUGAUCAAGAAAAAGCGAGACGGCAGCCGACUGAGCGACGAGGACAUCAAAGCUCUGGUGGGGGCGCUAACGAACGGAGGCAUUCAGGACGCUCAGACAGGCGCCUUGUUAAUGGCCAUCUGGCAGAAGGGCAUGGACACGGCCGAGACGGAGGCUUUGACCAGAGAGAUGAUGUUCUCGGGGGAAGUCAUGUCGUGGCCAGAGGAGUGGGCGGGGCUUGUGGUCGACAAGCAUUCCACAGGCGGCGUGGGGGACAAAGUCAGCCUGGUGUUGGCGCCCGCGCUCGCCGCCUGCGGCUGCAAGGUGCCCAUGAUCAGUGGGCGGGGCCUCGCUCACACCGGCGGUACACUGGACAAGCUGGAGUCUAUUCCGGGUUUUGACAUUAACCAGUCGGUCCAGCAGGUCCGAGCCAUACUGAGCGCUGUGGGCUGUUGCAUCGUGGGCCAGACGCAGACCCUGGUACCCGCCGAUCGCGUCCUCUACGCCACGCGGGACGCCACCAGCACCGUGGACAGCCUGCCACUCAUCACUGGUUCUAUUAUCUCCAAGAAAGGGGCGGAGUCUCUGUCUGCGCUGGUUCUGGAUGUUAAGUUUGGGCAGGCCGCGCUGUACAAAGACCUGGACGGCGCCAAGCAGCUCGCCAGCCUCCUGGUGCGGGCAGGAAAUGGGCUGGGCAUGCGCACCGCGGCGGUGCUUAGCAAGAUGGACGCUCCGAUUGGUCGAUGCGUGGGCAACAGUCUGGAAGUGAUGGAGUCUUUGGAGACGCUGAAGGGACGUGGACCCGAAGACCUGAUGGAGCUCGUCACCACCCUCGGCGGCGUGCUGCUGACCAUGACUGGCCUGGCGGCCGACCAAUCACACGGCAGAGAGAAGAUUUCCCAGGCCGUCGCGGGAGGAGAUGCUCUGCUCAAAUUCCAGGCCAUGAUGGAGGCUCAGGGCGUGGCCAAGGAGACGGCGCGGGCGCUCUGCUCCGCCCACACCGACUACUUUUCCAUCAUGAGGAAAGCCGCGCAUCAGCUGGAGCUGACGAGCAGCCAAGACGGCGUCGUAGAGGAGGUGUACGGUCUGCCUCUAGCGGAGGUGCUCCAUAAGCUGGGGGCAGGGCGGUCCACGGCCGGACAGCCUGUCAAUCACAGUGUGGGGGCAGAACUACUGCUGUCUUCGGGCCAGAGGGUCUACAAGGGGGCGUCCUGGUUGCGUCUCCACUACGAGGACCCGCCUCCCAGUCCAGACCAGAUCAGUCGACUGCAGAGUGCUUUGGUGCUGGGAUCGUUGGACAACAGUCACAAGUAUCUGAAAGAGAGCUUAGUCAAAGAAGUCAUGCUUCCUUGUUAAAACUAGUAUUUCAGCUCCGGGGCAUCGCUUGUGUGUCGAUUGUAUCGCUUCAAUGUAAAUAUUAUGGGCGUGCUACGCUUUUAAAUUUCAAGUUAAAGUAGCAAUGAGCGUCACACACACACUAGGUGUGGCGAAAUUACUCUCUGC